AUGUACUUCAACGUUACCAUGAAGCCUGGUGCUCCCGACGAGGCCCUCACCAAGGCAAAGGAAUCAGCCAAGAAGACUGGCGGCACCAUCCGUCACGAGUACAAGUUGAUUAGAGGAUUCACCGUGGAGUAUCCCAACGACCACAACCUUGAUGACGUCCUCAAGUCCAACGACCACAUUCACGUCGAGCAGGAUGGUCCCGGCCCAGCUAAGAAGGUCGCUACUUCAACCAUUUGA